AUGUCGAUUUAAAUUUACUUUAAAGUGAGAUGUCAAACUCAAUUUAAACAAUAAGUAUAUAUUGUUGGUGAUCAACAAUCAAUGGGAAGAUGGAAUCCAUUAUAAGGAAUUAAACUUGAUACUGAUAGCGAUAUUUAUCCAUUGUGGAUAGGGACUUUAAUAGCGGAUUUCGAACCAAGUAAGUGUAAAUAUUACCUAAGACUAACUGAUUAAAUUUAAAGCAGCUAUUGUAGAAUCUGACAAAAUAAUAUGGGAAUCAACCGAAAAUAGAGUAGCCUAAGUAUGGUACCAAUCCUAAACAGUACUAUUUACAUUCGACUCAAGUCCUGUAAAAAUGAUAAAGAUUAAAUCCUUUUUCGACUACGAUUAAGAAUCUGACGUAGAAACUGCCUAUUUUAGUAUAUAUUGUUCUCUAUAAUACCAGGUGGAGCAAGAAGAAGAUAAUUAAAGACUGUUGUUAGCCCUUUGGAAUUCGAUUAUAUGAGCUCAGUAUAUAUUAAAAGAAUAAUUUAGGAUUCAGAAUCUGACAACAGCAAUAUUUCAUCGAUAUUUAUUGAGAAUAUUGAAGCAUAGAAUAAUCUCGAUAAUUUUGAAUGUCUUACUUGUUCGAACUUUGAAAGUCUUAUAAGUAAUUUAAAUGAAUGA